AAGAUUCUACGCCAUAAAAACAUCGUACCCUUGUGGGGUGUAGCGAGAGGAUUUGGACGAAUAUCAGAGUUGCGCUGCUUGGUAUCUCCAUGGAUGCCAAAUGGCACAUUAAACGAAUACCUAAAAUCUAAGCACCAUGAUUUAACAGUCCUGGAUCGUUCACGUAUCCUGGAGGACGUCAGCGCUGGACUUCGUUACCUGCACUCGAGAGCUGUCAUGCACGGGGAUAUAACAGGGGCAAAUAUACUGAUCGACAAGGGAGGUCAUGCGAGAUUAAUUGACUUUGGUCUUUCCACUAUUACAGAACCCCUCGUAGGCCAGUCACACUUGGCCGCAAGAUCUAUACGUCCAGGCGCAAUCCGCUAUGCAGCACCAGAACUCGUUCUACCAGACAACACCCGUGAGCUGCCAGUGCUUUUGGGGAAAGCUGAUAUAUACUCUUUUGGUUGUAUAAUGCUUCAAGUUCUCUCUGGCCGGCGCCCUUGGUCUGAGAUCCUGUCGGAAGCGUUCAUCAUUGUUGUGAUGUCACAGAAUCAUCAACCGCAACGCCCCCCUGCCAUAAUAGACUCUGAUUGGAAAUUCAUCCAGAAAUGUUUGCAAUCCGGACCCAAACUUCGACCUUCAGCAAAUAAAGUACUUGACUUUGUCACGCAUAGGUUUUCCUCUCCAGGUAAUUCUACAUAUUUUGUGGUGCUUUUUAACCAUCGACUGACACGAGCUUCAAGACUCUUGUAG